CAACCAUUCUUGGAUUAUUAUGGUGGGAAGACUGUGAAGGGAGCUACUGGUUCUUCUAUGAAUUUCACAUGGACCAUCCUAAGACCUUUUACCAGGGUUGACUGGGGAUUAGCAUUCUCUCCUAGCGCAUUUGAUACUCCACCUCGAUUGCUAGUGUUUUUAUCUAAAAAAAGUACAUUUUCAGUUACACCCCCAGCAGCAUAUACUGGAAGAGUGUCGGGGAACAUUAAUGGAAAUCAAGUUUCAUUUGCUCUUAGAAACUUAAGAAAAAGUGAUGGAAGGUUGUAUGGCUGCAGGAUUAGUGACACAAACAAUGCAGAUGACAUACCAAGUUUUGACUCCGUCAUGUUAGUAGUUGAA